CCCAGAGAAAAUAGGACCCUUUUGUUUUUUGGUAAAGAAAAUAGUACCCUUUCGUUUUCCCACAAAAAUAAAUAAAACCCUUUGGGCUUGAGUUAUUAUUAUUAUUGAUAUUGAGAGAAGGAAAGAUGGUUGGUGGAAUCGCGCGUGGUCGUCUGGCUGAGGAGAGGAAAGCAUGGCGUAAAAAUCACCCACAUGGUUUUGUGGCAAAGCCGGAGACUAGUCCUGAUGGGUCUGUCAAUUUGAUGGUUUGGCAUUGUACUAUUCCUGGUAAACCUGGGACUGAUUGGGAGGGGGGUCACUAUCCGCUGACAAUGCACUUCAGUGAAGACUAUCCUAGCCAACCCCCGAAGUGCAAGUUUCCUAAAGGUUUCUUUCAUAUAAAUGUCUAUCCUUCAGGAGAUGUAUGUUUGUCCAUCCUCAAUGUCGGCGCUGGGUGGAGUCCAGCGAUUACAGUUAAACAAAUUUUGUUGGGUAUCCAAGAAUUGCUCGACCAGCCAAAUCCCAGUUCUUCAGCACAAUUUGAAUGUAAUAAGCUCUAUAUGCAGCAGGAUAAAGCUGAGUAUAAGAGACGAGUGAAGGAGCAGGCUAAGCAAUAUCGAGCUCUACUCUAAUAUUAGCUGGAUGCUUUAAAACAAUGUACUACUUAAUUAAAUUUGACUAUGGCUAAACUUCUCUUGAUUCUUAGCAACGUCAAUAUUAAGGGAAAUAGGGCAUCUUUGUAUCCUGGUUCCCUUUUUCGGAGGAUUGUUAACCCCUAAUAACUUAUUUAAUUAACCUGUUCCCCAGUAUAA